AUGGCAACCGAAGCCGCAAAGCCCCGAAUUAUUCUCCUCUCUCUCAGCCUUCUGGGUUUCUUCGACGAAAUGUACGACGCCCUCCUGCGGGAGCUGGGAUCCAAAGCCCACGUCCAACGCGUGAAGAAAGCAACCUCGGCCAUGCGUCUCCUGUCCGAACAGCCGCCGCCAUCCGCCAUCCUCGUGACCGACGAGGGCCUCACCCUCCCGGAGAACGCCCACGUCUGGGACGCCGUCGUCCGGUACGUGCGGGAGGGGGGCCCCGCCGUGGUCACGGGCCAUUUCAGCGGCCAGGUCUUACCGCCAGACAUGAAGCCGUUUUUCGCCGCGGUGGGCCGGGACGUGGCUGCGCGGCUCGCGCCUCGGUAUAGCCAGAAAGCGCUGUUUGUGAGGAACGUGACGCCCGAGCAGUCGUGGUAUGUUUCGAAUGAGGAGUCCGUGGUCGAGUCUAUGGUUUUCCCCCCGACGAGUGUGAAUACGCCGCAAGAGACGGCGGUCGCGUUCGCGCGCGUUGGAGAUGGGAAGCUCGGGUACCUUGGCGAUGUGAACGCUGAGAAGGACUCGGAUGCCGUCAUUCUUGCUAUGUGUGGGUUGCUGGGGUAG